GCGCAGCGAAAGCGAGGAAAGCUUAGCAAGUUACUGACGCGGCCAACAGCGGCGAUUCCGCGGAUUCUCCACGGACGACGGUGAGAGCCGCGGCCCGACGUAGACGUUGCACGGUGUCGUCAAGGCGGCGUCCCCUCGGGUCCAAUCUACCGCGGGCACCACGAUCAAUACACCGUUCUCGCGGCUACGCUUCAGCUAUGCUCCCGUCCCGGCCGAUGUUUAUGGUCGUCGUUCACGUCGGCUGACAGCUGUCAAUCCCUCGUUCGGGUCGCCAGUGAGUCACCGGAUCGGCAGCCGAGGGCCACCUCAGACAAGUCCCACGAGAUCAGUAGCAUAGAUCGAGCGCUAUUAAAGAUCGACGGACACCCCGCACGAAACGGGAUCGACCCUCCCUGCAGGUAUCGCACGUCACAACCUACCCUUUGUUCAGAUGUCCAGGCAUUUUUUCGAUAUCACAGGCAUGGCGUCCAGCUCCGUCAGCCAGGAGGACUUCGAGAACGACUUCGAGUUGACAUCCAGGAGAUCCAGGAUUAGAACCGCCAGGGCCAGGGUAGGCCCGGCAAGAGCAGGGGAUGUGUCUUCCAUAAGCUUUCAAAAGAAUACACCCGAUGUGGAGGAAUCGCAAGGCGCUUACGACGCAAGCUCCAAUCCCGUGCUUCCACCCGAGCACGAAAACCCGCAGAGCAAGCCCAUAAUAAGGAAACAGGAUAAACGCGUGACCGGCCGUGUCUUUAGUGUCGUAUCCUGUUUGCACAGGCCAACGCAUAUAAACAAGGGGAAGCAGCAACGUGAUCGACGGAAACUGCGAGAAAAACGGCGUAGCACAGGAGUCGUGCAUUUACCGUCGACAGAGAGUACUGGAGGUAGUACGGGGGAAGACGAGGAGGAGCUUAGCGGCACUUGCCUUGAAACUAAGCACAACACGCAUCACAAUGAAUUUCUUGAUCACGAAUUAAUAGAAGAGCGGAACGCCAGAAUGUACACACAAAGGCGGAACAAAAGCCACUCCGAUUUGGAGGCCGAUGACGAGGAGUUCGAUUCUCUCAAUCAAUCCGACAGCAUUAAUCAAUCGGACCACGGCAAUCACGAGCCGCAGACGUCAGUCAAUGCAACCGUCAGGCCGAGAUUGCCGACGCCGACGGGCGACAAUCCGCACGAACUGAUCGAACGAGCGCAAGAGGAAAACAGGAGGUUGCUGUCCCUUCUGGAAGAUCGGGACCACAAAAUAAUAGCGCUGGAGGCUCGCCUUUUAAAGCAGCAGCACGAGAUGACCCUGGAACGGGACCGACUUCGCGAGGAGAAUGCCACGUUGAUUCGCGCGAUGGCUGCAUUAGCCAGCAACUAAUCCUCUUCAUGUAAUAAAGAUCACGCCUUCUUGGCUCUUCGCUCCUUACGAUAAUCGCCGAGCUGCAGGAUGAGCCAUAAGUCGCGCACCCCGUUGAUCUUCAAUUAUUAAUAUGUAUAUUCUUUUCGCAAGAUUUUUUUGUUUUUGAAGAACGAUUCGCUCGUUCUAUGCAAAUCUAAUUUUUUAAUCGUAUCCCAAUUUUUCGACUUGUUGGGAGACUUGUAACAGCCGCAGGGGGCUAAACGACUGAAAAUCCGGUAUUGCGUUAACUAUUUUAAUCAUUGUUGAUAUUGUGAUAUAUAUAUAUUUUUUUAUGUAAUAUAUUAUAGAAUGCAAAAUGAUCGGAGAACGAUCCAAUGAUUUCUCUAUUGAGUGUUAAACCGAUAGAAUCUUAUCGUUACGUUUGGAUUUUCGGAAAUUGUUAAAUCCGUUUAAAGUAAAAAUUGUACCUUGCACUAAAUAUUUCAAUUGUUUUUGUGAUAUGAUUGUGUGCUUUUUUUCUCUCACUCAAUAUGAUACAAUGUGAAGGAUGAAUUAAUCCUUUAUCUGUAGAAUUUUUUUAUAGAAAGCUUUUUAUGUAAAGAUCUCUGCGUAAUUUAUAUUAAUCCUUAAAAGGUAAGGGCCGAAAGGAAAACUGUAUAUCCUUUGAGUCUUGCUUUCCUUUUUUCCUAUCGGUAAGCUAUAAAGUUAUAAAAUAAAGUGAAAAUCGCACAUCACGUUUAAUCCUCACUUAUGUUGUUUUAAAUGAAAGGCUGAGAAUUUAAUUAAAUAUAUAAACGAAUUAGCUCGUAACGAAAGCAACUUAGAUUAAUAGCGAUAAGAGCUUAGAUAUUUAGUUAAAUAAAACUGAAAGGACAUUUCACAUUGCAUUCGUGGUAAUUUUCUGCAUCCCCCUGCAUGAUUUAUGGAUCAUCCUAAGCAAAUAAGGAAGACAUACCUAAGUAGUGAGUAAAUAGAACUUCAGUGCGUAUCGCAAAUUGAGUCAUAAAUAAACAGAUAAUUCUCUAAUCGCAGUGUUAGCUGCAGAAAGUAUGUACGUUUUUGCAAGCUGCAAUACGAGUUACAUUUUGUAAAGAGCAAUCGCAAUUCUCCACUUAUAAAAUGUUAUUGUGACAAUUAGAUUGAUCAUCACUCGCAGGGCUUUGGUCGCAGGCACAGAUCGCACGUUUAUUAUCGAUAACGCUAUGCUAUCUCUAUUGCCGAUUAAUUGCCGUAUUGUUUUUUUUUUUCAAUAUGUUUCCAAUCUGACAAACUGAUACAUUGAAACCACGUGAAAGUGCCGAUUACGACAUAGGCGACUUGUAAUCAGUUUUCUAUUGUAAUAAUAUAAGAAUGGAUGUUCUAUAUAAGUUUUAUACUUGCAACCACAAUAUUGUAAGAUUAUGAAUUAUUUUAUUAUUAUUAAUGUUAUUGUUAUUAUAUAUAUGAGACGUACAAAUUUUUAUGUACAUAUAGACACGCAGAUGAUUCUGUAGCGAUUAAUCGAUGCAUUUGAUUAGGAGACUCCCGCGAUAAACUUGUGUACUGUGCGGGACGAUGUAACGAGAAUGUGUAAAAUUGUUUGAAGAAAAACUUUCAUUGCGCGUUCAA